AUGUUUGAUAAGAUUGACAGCAAUAAUGAUACCUAUGUCACAGCGGCUGAACUCCUGGUGUGGAUGAAGUUUGUACACGGGCGUUUUGUCUCCGAAGCCGUAGAUAAACAAAUGGCGAUGACCGAUAAGAACCGUGACCACACUGUGUCCUGGGAGGAGUACUACAAUCACACCUACUCCCAUCUGAUAGAUGAAGAGGCAUUUUACGAUGUACCUGACAAGGAAAGAUACAGACAGAUGAUGAAACGGGAUGAACGUAGAUUUAAGCAAGCAGACAAAGAUGGUGAUUUGAUUUGCACCCGGGAGGAAUUCACCGCAUUCCUGCAUCCAGAAGAGUUUGACUACAUGAGAGAUAUCGUGGUCACAGAGACCAUUGAGGACAUAGAUAAAAAUGGAGAUAUGUUGGUGGAUGUUAAUGAAUACUUAGCGGACAUGUACACUCCUGAAAAUGAUGAACCUGAGCCAGAGUGGGUAAAGACAGAGCGUCUGCAGUUUUCAGACCAUCGCGACUUGAAUAAGGAUGGCAAAUUGGACCGAUCAGAAAUCGCCCAUUGGAUCCAUCCUCAUGAAUACGAUCACACAGAUUUGGAGGCCAAACAUCUCGUCUAUGAGUCUGAUAAAGACCGGGACGAAAAACUAACCAAGAAAGAAAUAUUGGACAACUGGAACAUGUUUGUCGGCAGUCAAGCGACGAACUACGGCGAAGACUUGACAAGGCGCGGCAUGAUGAAUUUU